AUGAACGACGAAAAGAAUAACGACGUCCAAAAUGGUAGCAACUACUCGGCAGAGACGCCGGCGGGAGAGAAAGGGGAGCAAGACAUCGAGUGUACGGUUGUGACCGCUGUCGAUGACAGAGAGGCAUAUGGGGAUGGCAAUUUGGUCCCUCGUGACCCUCUCCAACGACACUUGAAGGGGCGACAUGUCAGUUUCAUUGGGUUCGGUGGUGGUAUCGGUGUCGGUCUGUUCGUUGCCAGUGGUGCUGCUCUUGCCAAAGCAGGUCCUGCAGGUGUGCUUUUAGCUUACUCUCUUACUGGUACGAUAUCGUGGUCUUUGAUGCAAUCUAUCGGGGAAAUGACCACCCUGCUGCCAUCUGCCGGUAAUUUUCCAAACCUGGCAGGACGUUUUGUCGACCCCGCAUUCGCUUUCGGCCUGGGAUGGAAUUUACUUGUUACUAGUUUCGGCCUCGCUAUCGCUUCAGAGCUCUCCGCCGUCGCAGUGCUCAUCGGCUACUGGUCCUCUCUCAACGCUGCUAUCUGGAUCGCGGUGGCUCUCGUUCCCAUGAUCUGUAUCAACUUCAUAUCCGUGAAAUGGUAUGGUGAGGCUGAAGUCAUCACCGCAAGUAUCAAGGUCAUUACUUUUGUUAUACUGAUUAUUCUGGGCAUUAUACUCGACCUCGGUGGUGGGCCUACGCACGACAGGAUCGGGUUCAGGUAUUGGAAAGACCCUGGAGCGUUCAACACAUACUCGGGGAUAACAGGAUCACUUGGUCGCUUUCUGGCAUUCUUCUCUACCUUUGUCACCGCUGCGUUCUCCUACAACGGUGGAGAGGUGGUCGUGCUUGCGGCAGCAGAGUGCACCAAUCCCCACAAGCAGAUCCCGAGAGCAGUCAGGAGGGUCGUUUAUCGUAUUAUCUUCUUUUAUGUGAUCGGUAUCCUCCUUAUCGGUAUGCUCGUCCCUUACAACGACGCUCGUCUGACUGGUGGCACCGGCAACGCCGCGUCUUCUCCCUUCGUGGUCGCCAUUGAGAAUGCUGGUAUCUCUGUCCUCCCAUCCAUAUUCAAUGCUGCCGUGAUCACCAGUGCUUGGUCAGCCGGAAACACAUACAUCUACGCUGGCUCACGAUCGCUCGUCGCUCUGUCUUUGGGCGGGAAAGCGCCCAAAUUCUUUGCAAAGACAAACAAGAGAGGAAUCCCAUACUACUCGGUGGCUUGUAUCUCUUCUUUCGGGCUGUUGGCUUUCCUCAGUGCUGGAUCGGGUGGCGCCACUCAGGCUUUUGAAUGGCUCCAAAGUAUCACCUCUCUUACUGGCCUUCUUACCUGGGGCUCCCUUUGCUUUACCUACACUCGAUUCCACGCCGCACUCAAAGUCCAAGGCAUCGAGCGAAACACUUUGCCCUGGAAGAGUCUGUGUCAACCGUAUUUGGCAUACUAUGGGACAUUCAUGUGUUCAGUUAUCGUGUUGUUCAGUGGGUUCUCGGUGUUUUUGAAGGGAAACUGGAAUGUCUCCGACUUUGUGGCAAACUAUAUCAGUGAGUCUUCCGUUGUAUUUCAUUCCCAUGGGUUGCUGGAAGAUAUUCAAGAAGACCAAGGCAGGUCGCAUUUUUGCUUGUGCAUCUACCGACUGA